AUGGAGUCAAUUUUAGACUUUACGCAAGAUUUGGACAUCAAUGCUUUAGACCAGGUAGUAGAUACGUUCUACAAGGGCUCAGGUGUGCAACAAAAGCAGGCGCAAGAAGUGCUGACCAAGUUCCAGGACCACCCUGACUCUUGGCAGCGGGCGGAUCAGAUCCUGCAGUUUUCCCAGAAUCCACAGACCAAGUUCAUCGGGCUUUCUAUUCUCGACAAGUUGAUCAACACGAAGUGGAAGCUUUUGCCACCUGAGCACCGCGUAGGGAUCCGUAAUUUUAUUGUGGGGAUGAUUAUUUCGCUGUGCCAAGACGAUGCCGUUUUCCAGAGCCAAAAAAACCUAAUUAACAAGUCCGAUCUGACGUUGGUGCAGAUUUUAAAGCAAGAAUGGCCGCAGAACUGGCCCGACUUCAUCCCAGAAUUGGUGCAGAGUUCCCAGUCGUCCGUUAACGUUUGUGAAAACAACAUGGUCAUUCUCAAGCUUCUUUCUGAAGAAGUCUUCGAUUUUUCCGCGGAGCAAAUGACCCAGGCCAAGGCUUUGCACUUGAAAACCUCCAUGUCCAAGGAAUUCGAGCAAAUUUUCAAGUUGUGUUUCCAGGUCAUGGACGCCGGAUCGACCACCUCGCUGGUGCUUGCUGCAUUGGAGUCCUUACUCAGAUACUUGCAUUGGAUUCCUUAUCAUUACAUUUACAACUCCAAUCUUUUGGACCUACUGAGUACCAAAUUUUUAAUGUCUUCCGACACUAGAGCAGUUACGAUAAAAUGCUUAACAGAAAUCUCAAACUUGGAAAUCCCCCAAAAUGACCCCAAGAUCGCCGAGCAAACUGUGCUUUUUUUUCAAAACACACUUCAGCAAGUUGGGAACAACGUCGUUCCUGUUACAGCCGAUCUGAAGGCUACGUACGCGACUGCAAACGGAAGAGAUCAGUCAUUCCUACAAGACUUCGCCAUGCUUUUAACAACGUACUUGGCACGCCAUCGUGCCUUGCUUGAGAGCGAUGAAAGGCUUAGAGAGCUUUUGUUAACUGCUCAUCAAUACUUGAUCCAACUGUCUAAGAUUGAUGAGCGGGAACUGUUCAAGACGACGCUGGAUUACUGGCACCACCUGGUCGCUCAUUUGUUCCAAGAAGUUCAGACGCUUCCCGUUGCGGAGCUGAAUCCACUUUUGAAACUAUCAGUUGGUUCACAAGCGAUCAACUCAUCAGGCGGUGCUCCUAACCCUGAGUUUCUGAAAAGAUUUCCCCUGAAAAAGCACAUUUAUGACGGGAUAUGCUCCCAGCUCAGAUGGGUGGUGAUCGAAUCAAUGGUCAGACCAGAAGAGGUUUUGAUUGUGGAGAACGACGAAGGUGAAAUUGUCAGAGAAUUUGUUAAGGAAUCUGACACUAUUCAACUUUACAAGUCAGAAAGAGAGGUUCUCGUGUACCUGACACAUUUGGAUGUCGUAGACACUGAAGACAUCAUGAUAAACAAGCUAGCUCGGCAAAUUGAUGGCUCUGAGUGGUCUUGGCACAAUAUUAAUACCUUGUGUUGGGCCAUUGGUUCAAUUUCUGGUACCAUGAGCGAAGAGACUGAAAAGAGGUUUGUCGUCACUGUCAUUAAAGACCUCUUGGCGCUGACUGAAAAGAAGCGUGGGAAAGACAAUAAAGCCGUCGUUGCUUCUAAUAUCAUGUACGUCGUUGGCCAAUAUCCGCGGUUCCUUAAGGCUCACUGGAAAUUCUUGAAAACCGUCGUUAUCAAGUUAUUCGAAUUUAUGCAUGAAACUCACGAGGGUGUACAGGACAUGGCCUGUGACACUUUCAUUAAAAUCGUUAAAAAGUGUAAGCACCAUUUCGGAGUACAACAACCCAAUGAACCCGAACCGUUUAUUCACACAAUCAUUAGAGAAAUCCAGUCAACGACUGCCGACCUUCAGCCUCAGCAAGUCCAUACUUUUUACAAAGCAUGCGGUAUAAUUAUCUCAGAUGAAAGAAACGCCACUGAAAGAGAGCGCCUUUUAGCUGAUUUGAUGCAACUGCCAAAUAUGGCAUGGGAUGCCAUUGUGGAGCAAUCUGCCGCCAACCCUGACCUGCUAUUGGAUCCCGAAACUGUGAAGAUUAUUGCCAACAUUCUGAAGACAAACGUCGCUGUAUGCUCCACAAUGGGGGCUGAAUUCUACCCUCAGUUGGGCCAUAUUUACUACAACAUGCUUCAACUCUACAGGGCAGUGUCUUCAAUGAUUUCUGUCCAGGUUGCUAAAGAUGGUUUGAUUGCCACCAAGACGCCUAAGGUUCGUGGGUUAAGGACCAUCAAGAAGGAAGUUUUAAAGCUUGUUGAAUUUUACAUUUCUCACGCCAAGAACCUUGAAGAGGUGGUCAAAGUCUUAGUGGAACCUUUGCUAAACGCGGUUCUUGAAGACUACAUGAACAAUGUGCCUGACGCAAGAGAUGCCGAAGUUUUGAACUGUAUGACCACGGUUGUUCACAAGGUUGGCCAUAUGAUUCCAAGUGGUGUUAUCUUGAUUCUGCAAAGCGUGUUCGAAUGUACAUUGGACAUGAUCAACAAAGACUUUACCGAGUACCCCGAACACCGUGUUGAGUUCUACAGACUACUGAAGGAAAUAAACAGCAGGUCAUUCAAUGCAUUGCUAGAACUUCCCUCCGCUGCUUUCAAGCUAUUUGUGGAUGCGAUUUGCUGGGCCUUCAAACACAACAACAGAGACGUGGAAGUCAACGGCUUGCAACUGGCCCUGGACCUAAUAAAAAACAUCGAGGCAAUGGGCUCAACGCCGUUCUCUAAUGCAUUUUAUGAAAACUUCUACUUCACUUUCAUAAGCGAAACCUUCUAUGUUCUAACUGACUCUGACCACAAGUCUGGGUUCUCGAAGCAAUCGCUAUUGCUAAUGAGGCUAAUCUCCUUGGUGCAAGAAAACAAAAUCGCGGUCCCAUUAUAUCAACCAGGCGAUGUUCCCGAAGGAACUACUAAUCAGUUAUACCUUGCGAAUUAUCUGGCGGGGAUGCUGAACGGCGCUUUCCCGCAUUUAAGUCAAGAGCAAGUGACAAGCUUCAUCAGCGCGCUGAUCAAACAAUACCAAGACCCUGCGAAGUUUUCUGCUACUCUGAGAGACUUCCUCGUGCAAAUUAAAGAAUUUGGCGGCGAUCCUACCGACUAUUUGUUCGCUGAGGAUAAAGAAAGGGCACUGGAAGAAAAAACAAGGAUGGAGAAGGAGAGAGCUGCCGCAGUUGGCGGUUUGUUGAAACCAUCCGAACUUGAAGACUGA